AUGCGGUACGGCUUUCAGCCGUCACAGGGGGAAAAGUUGAAAAGCAAGAAGAAGCGGUGCCGAGCAGCUUUCUCUCACGCGCAGGUCUACGAGCUGGAGCGGCGAUUUAGUCAUCAACGCUAUCUGUCCGGUCCUGAAAGAGCAGACUUGGCUCACGCGCUCAAGCUCACAGAAACACAAGUCAAAAUCUGGUUCCAGAACAGACGUUACAAGACAAAGAGACGUCAAGGACAGGAGUGCGAUCUCUCCCCAGCACUAGUGAGCCCCGGUUGCCGGACAGCGUCCGUCAAGGUCCUCGUACGGGAUGACCAGCUCGUCUACCGAAGAGAUGAGGUCGUGAGACCGGCCGUGCUUCUACCGUCGGUGCCCCUGCCUGGACUGUACCCACUCUACGCGUACCACAGGCACGUCAGCACGUGCUCAUACGUUGGUUGCACGUCAUGAACACAUCACAGCAGACCUUGGACAGGGUGAAGUGGAGUGACCUGCUUUUCUGGAUGGGUCGCGAAGAAAACAUUGGCGUGGGGACACGAGCAAUCCAAAGUUAUACUAAAAAUAUAUUUUCAG